CCUCUCCUCCUCUUCUCUCCCGGUCAUGGUGGAUUCUCCCGGUGCGAUGAAGAAGAGCCUCCCGGUUCCGGAGCUCCAGCCUCUGGACCGGUACGACCUCAGCCGGGCGAAAACCUCCGCGAGUGUCCGCUGGCUGCUGAACAAAGCGUACGGAUCUGCAGAGAAUGUUCCGGUGGAGUAUAGGGAGCCGUGUUACCGGGACCAGUACCUGCAGCAGCACCUGAAGCCGGCGCUGGCCCAGCUGCUGGUCUCUCCUGAGAUCUACUGCCGGGCCCGGGCGCUGCAGCAGGCGGAGCACGGGGUCUCCCAGCCCGCGGCGCAGGGGCAGGCAGAUAACGGCGCCCUGCUGCAGCUGCUCGUUAAGAAAGGCUUCGGUCCAAAGGUCCAGGAUGUAGACGUCACAGAGGACGACCUCAGCGCUGUGCCCAUCAACACGAAGGCCCAUCUGGCUCUGAUUGACGGCCUGAUGUCAUUGGCUGCUAACGAGGCGGUGGGUCGGGUGAAGAUGGCGGCGGAGGCGGAGCUAACGGGUGCCGGCGCUCCGUGGGAGAACGCCCUGCUGUUCUGGGUCAACAGGCUGAACCAGAAGUUGAGAGAAACCACAGAAGAAGAAGAGCCCAGCAAGACAUGCACAGACCUGCAGACUGCUCAGGACUCGUGUCAAUCCAACCGUUGGUACUGGAAACUUGUCCCCCAUGCUAUCGCUUUUUGUUUGAAGGAGUCGGGGAAUAAGCCUCCAGUGAUCCGCUACAGGAAGGACCGGGUUCAGUCCAAGCUGACGCCCACCUUCCCGGUAGUGACCGGAGUCAAAGACCUGUCCAACGGCUGCGCCAUCGCUGCAGCGCUGCACUACUACUGCCCCCAGCUGCUGCCUCUAGAGGAUGUGUGUCUGAAGGACACCAUGUCGCUGGCCGACAGUCUCUACAACCUGCAGCUGAUCAGGGAGUUCACUGAGAGCAGUCUGCAGAGCUGCUGCCCCCUGGCUGUGGAGGACCUGCUCUACGCCCCCCCCACCUUGCACCUGAACAUCCUGAGCUUCAUAGCUGAGCUGCUCGACUGGUUCGAGGUGAAAAAGCCUGAGUUUGUGCAGCCGGUGACACCCAUCGACCUCACAGAUGUCUCCGGGUUGCUGGACUGCACUAGCCCUAUGGGCGGGAACAGAAACAGUGGUUCUCCUGCCUUCAUCUUCAAACAACCCUUUGUACCCAUCAGCUCCCCGGUGUCACCAGAAAAUAAAAGUUGGACAAAGAAACAAAUCAGUCGUCCUCUGUCCGCCGUGACGUUCAGCAUCCCAUUCGGGCUGGACAGUGAUGUAGACAUUGUGAUGGGAAACCCCAUAGAUGCUGUCUUUCGCUCUGUCAGCAACGACAGCCUCUCCACCGGCAUCCCAGCGAUGACCACCUCUGUGACGGGGAAGCCUUGUGUCCCGUACGGUCCUCCAGAGGAACUGAGCCACCUGGUCAGCGCUUCAGCCCCAUCGCAGCGCUCGUCCUGGGGCCCUUACGCCCACACAACGCCCCUGGGAGAACUGCCCACCAUCGAGGAGGCCCUGCAGGUGGUGCAGACCCCCAAGAAGGGAAGGACACCAGAGAAAAGUGGAAAAGGAGUGUUGGGAUCGAGACCUGAGCCAAGGUUACGUCCUGAAGGAGCCCCGGCUGGUUUCUUCCUGCACUCCCCCGAGGAGGAUCAGCUCAGCAGCUCCGCUCCCUGUCGCUCCGGAGUCCUCCAUCGGCCGGUUGGUGGGGAAGCGGGAGGCAAUGAAAGGCGAGGAAGAGGAGAGAGGAAGGAGAGGUCAGGACGAACCUCCGAUAUGUCCCGUGAUGACGACUCUGUUCUGCGAGAUGGCAGCGUUGACUCCUCUGAAGCGUCCGAUGAUACGCCCAGAAACGCCCCGGGGAACAUGCGACCAGGCGGCGGACGGCAGCGAAACAGCAGCAACAGCAACAGUCCACGCAUGACAAGCUUUGCAGAGCGCCGGGAUCACAGAAGAAGACAGCCUGCUGCUGCUGGAGAGGAGUCGGCCUCUGCUCCAACAACACCAGGGACUCCACACACACCCUCCACCCCAGCAGGGGCACUGGGACACCAGGACAGCCCCGGCUCCAGAGGCCCUGAACUGGGCUCUGAGGCCUGGGAGUUAGGCGCUCGUCUGGAGGAAAAACGCAAAAGCAUUGAAGCCCAAAAAAGACGCAUCGAAGCCAUCUUUGCCAAGCACAGACAGAGGCUCGGAAAAACUGCCUUUUUGCAACUGAAAAGAGAGCAAGGAGAGGGGGGAGGGGCGGGAGCCGAGGAGGCUAGUCUCACCCUGGAGGAGAGCCUCACUUGUAUGGAGGCGCAACUGAAACAGGAGGAGGAGAGGGAAGAGAAGGAGAAAGAGAAGCCGUCUGCAUCCAACCCUCCUCGGUUAGAGAAGCAGGUCACAUUCUCCAUUGAGAAUAAGAAGGUUCCAGAGAAGGUCGGAGAAGCUGCUUUUGUGGAGUGCAACGAGGUGGUGCAGAAACUGAGUGAAGCUCUGCAGUCUCUACAGAAGGACAUGCAGAAACUCACAGAACAGCAGCAGCAGCUCAUGAGCAACCAAAGACCCACAACCACAUCCAGAACCGCGUCCAAAUCUACACCUAGAAGUACCCCCAAAACACCCCCUCACACCCCGACAAAGACACCUCCAAGAACCCCAACCAAGUCUUCUUCAAGGAGCAUAAGCAAGGCCUGGGUGAUCCCUGAUGCCGGUGCUGCCGACUCCCCGUCCCGGCGCUCUCACCUUCUUCCCCUCUCCGCCUCCCCAAAGACUAUCAUGUCGUCCUCCUGCCCGAAUCCCCGCACAAAGAUCCAGUCCUCAUCGUCUCACCGCAGCCCGAAGCACCACCCUCGUGCCCAAAAUCCGCCUCACCCAAGACCCUCCGAACUAAAGUUUCCCACAUACAACCGGGCCUUGGCACCGACACACAACGUGGACACCCUCCCCCAUUUGAGGCGGGUAUCCCCCAGCAAGUAUCAGGAUCAGUCAUCCUCUUCCUUCCGAAUCGGCGGGCCUCGGACGCCUGAAGACUCUCUGCAGGGUGUCCAGCAGCCGCAACACGACGGAAACACCUCGGACACGGCCUCCAGUGAGACCCCGACUCAGUUCAGCAUUGAGCUGGAAGACAUGGAGGCUGUGGGAGGGCUGCCGGUCUUACCUCGACACGACCGCCAGACAGGUAGAAGCAGCUCCGGAGCGCCCUCCGAGUGCUCGUUUGAGAGCGAGUCCUUGUCUCUAUCUGCUGCUUUAGGCGCAGUAGGCGCAGGGAAAAGAUGCAGCAUGAUUGAGGUGUCGCGGUCCUCUCUCGGAGGGCCGGAGGGGGGCAGCGACGUGCCGACCGAUGAAGGGCAGGAGUUUUCUUCUGAUUCUAUGAGCGACCACACAGAGUCUGGGGUGGAACCUGCUGGAGGACUCGCUGCUGAACCUCUGGACCCCGUAGAACAGCAGCUGGACCUGGCAGCAGCAGGAGGUGGUUGUUUGCCCGAACAGGAAGCUGAAACUGAAGCAGAACCGACGGAAACUUUGGAAGAAAGUAUUGAGCAGAAUGAGCCCGGGCCGAGAGGAGGGAUCGGAUUCUUCUUUCAGGGAGAUGUGCACAGUGAGGAGGAGAUGGCCCAGCGCAGAGCUCUGCUGCUGGAGAAACAGCAGAGGAGAGCGGAGGAGCUCAGGAAGAGGAGGCAGGAGAACGAGCAGGAGAGGGAGAACAGACCCUCCUCCACCCCCCCUGCAGGCCACACCUCCCCCUCCCCCACUCCUCCAGAUACACCUUUCAGGCGGGGAAACUUCACGAGACUGGAGUACGAUCGGCGGCAUCAGCUCAAGAUCAUGGACAACUUUGACAAAAUGCUCCAGGAGAAGCUGAGCAGUUAUGGCCGAUCCUCCGGGAAGAAGACCAGGUCCCGUCCCCGCAGUAUGACCCGCGAGGAGACCAAGCUGUCUCUGAGUCCAGCCAAGGGAACCACGGGCGCUAAGUUGACCAAAGUCCACUCCAACCCCUCCCUCAACCUGACCGCGACGGACGACCCCGGGAACAGAACCCCCCCCAAGAAAGCCCCAAGUCGUCCUGACUCGCCCUUAGUUUGUGUGACUCCGAGUAAACUGGUGAAUCAGAACGGAGACAAAGACAGUGAGACCUCAGCGACCCCGGAGUACACAGGUCCCAAACUGUUCAAAGAGCCGAGCUUCAAGUCCAACAAGUUCAUCAUCCACAACGCCCUGUCGCGCUGCUGCCUCGCAGGGAAGGUCAACGAGACGCAGAAGAACAAGAUCGUGGAGGAGAUGGAGAAGAGUCCCGCCCACCACUUCCUGAUCCUCUUCAGGGACUCCAGCUGUCAGUUUCGGGGCGUUUACACCCUGAACCCGGACUCUCAGGAUCUGGUUCGUCUGACUGGAGUCGGCCCGCGCUCCGUCAGCUCAGCACAGGUGGAGCACAUCUACAAAUACAGCUCGGACAGGAAGCAGUUCAGCGCCAUCCCCUCCAAGACCAUGGGCAUGAGCGUGGACGCCUUCACCAUCCCUGGCAGCCUGUGGCAUGGAGGAGGAGGAGGAGGAGGAGGAGGAGGAGGAGCAGGAGCAGGAGGAGCAGGAGGAGCAGGAAGUCGCAGGGCCAGUGUCAACAAGAAGGCCGUCACCUCCAAGUGAGACACUCGGAGAAAACUGUUUCCAAUUUAUAGGAAGAUGAGACGUUAUGUGACAGGCCUGCACCAUCUGGGGAUAAUAACUAGCCGUGAUUAUUUUAAAUAAUUGUGCAACUGCGAUAUGAUUCUGGAUCUAAUAUGGAUUGAUCAUCUUUAAACCAUUUUCAGGUCUGAGCAAAAAGUCAGACAGUUAAGAAAAUCUAAAUUCAGAGAAAAAAGAAUCUAAAAUGUGCUACGUCAAAAUACUAAAAAGAUAAUCCCAAUUUUAGGACGAAAAUCGGUGAAAAAUAAAAAACAAAAUUCUCACUUUUUUCUCAAUACUCAAAAAUGAUAUACUGUUGGUCAUGUGACCCCAUGUGACUUGUGGCCCUAAUACUCAUCUGGAUACUGAAUGAUCAUGGUGUGAUUUUUUUAGAGGAUUAUAGUCUCCGCUGCUCCACGGUACUCCCCGAUACUCCACGGUACUCCCCGAUACUCCACGGUACUCCACGAUACUCCACGGUACUCCACGAUACUCCACGGUACUCCACGGUACUCCACGGUACUCCACGAUACUCCACAUUCUGAUUUGGAGCAGCAGGAGGCGCAGGAAGUCGAAGGGCCAACAAGAAGGCCGUCACCUCCAAGUGAGACACGUGCACGAAGUUUCAGAGAAAACUGUUUCUAAAUAUGUCGUUUAUAUGCAGGUAAGACGUUAUGUGACAGGGCUGCAGCGUCUGGGGAGGAUGACUAGUUGUGGUUACUUUAAAUAUUUGUGCAACGACGAUAUGAUUCUAGAUCUAAUAUGGAUUGAUGAUUUUUGAAAUGUUAUUCACAGUAUUAUUGAGAAAUAUAUUGACAGGAGAGGAUAAUUGCCACAGGUGAGAAGAUGUUGAGGUCUGACCAAAAGCCAAUUAAAUGUUUAGGUCGGAGAAAAAGUCAGAAUUUCGGAGGAAAUCUGAAUUUUGAGAGAAAAAAAUUCAAGUUCUUGAAACAAAAUUCUGAGAAAAAAGUCAACAUUUGGAGAAAAACGUGUUAUGUCACGAUUCACGAGAAAAGACAUCUGAAUUUUGGGACAAAAGUCAACAUUUGUAAUGUCAGGAAAACGGGCUCUUCUUCUGAAUGAUCAUGGGGGGACUUUUUUGUAAAGGAUUUUUGUAUUAAGUCUGUAGAAUAAUCUGCUCCAGGAAACUUCUGAUAUGUUCACGUAUUGAGCCUUUACCAAAUAUCGCCCUCACUAGGAUCAGUUGGAGGAUUCCCCACUGAUUGUGGAUUUCCUAGAAAUACAAAACACUAUAAAACAUCAUUUCUACGCCCCGUGUUAAUGUGUAUGAAAUGUCGACAGCUCACUUUUCUGUUGUUAAAUUAAAGCAACACUCACACCAGAGUGCGGAGGAAUGUUUGUAAUAUUUGAGAGGUCGCACAAGAAGAAGCACCCUGAUGGUACUGAUCACAUCGCCCUGAUGGUACUGAUCACAUGACCCUGAUGGUACUGAUCACAUGACCCUGAUGGUACUGAUCACAUGACCCUGAUGGUACUGAUCACAUGACCCUGAUGCUACUGAUCACAUGACCCUGAUGCUACUGAUCACAUGGCCCUGAUGCUACUGAUCACAUGACCCUGAUGGUACUGAUCACAUGACCCUGAUGCUACUGAUCACAUGACCCUGAUGGUACUGAUCACAUGGCCCUGAUGGUACUGAUCACAUGGCCCUGAUGGUACUGAUCACAUGGCCCUGAUGGUACUGAUCACAUGGCCCUGAUGGUACUGAUCACAUGGCCCUGAUGGUACUGAUCACAUGGCCCUGAUGGUACUGAUCACAUGACCCUGAUGCUACUGGUCACAUGGCCCUAAUGGUACUGAUCACAUGGCCCUGAUGGUACUGAUCACAUGGCCCUGAUGGUACUGAUCACAUGACCCUGAUGGUACUGAUCACAUGGCCCUGAUGGUACUGAUCACAUGACCCUGAUGGUACUGAUCACAUGGCCCUGAUGGUACUGAUCACAUGGCCCUGAUGCUACUGAUCACAUGGCCCUGAUGGUACUGAUCACAUGGCCCUGAUGGUACUGAUCACAUGGCCCUGAUGGUACUGAUCACAUGACCCUGAUGGUACUGAUCACAUGACCCUGAUGGUACUGAUCACAUGGCCCUGAUGCUACUGAUCACAUGGCCCUGAUGGUACUGAUCACAUGACCCUGAUGCUACUGAUCACAUGGCCCUGAUGGUACUGAUCACAUGGCCCUGAUGGUACUGAUCACAUGGCCCUGAUGGUACUGAUCACAUGACCCUGAUGGUACUGAUCACAUGACCCUGAUGCUACUGAUCACAUGACCCUGAUGCUACUGAUCACAUGGCCCUGAUGGUACUGAUCACAUGACCCUGAUGCUACUGAUCACAUGACCCUGAUGGUACUGAUCACAUGGCCCUGAUGGUACUGAUCACAUGGCCCUGAUGCUACUGAUCACAUGGCCCUGAUGGUACUGAUCACAUGGCCCUGAUGGUACUGAUCACAUGACCCUGAUGCUACUGGUCACAUGGCCCUAAUGGUACUGAUCACAUGGCCCUGAUGGUACUGAUCACAUGGCCCUGAUGGUACUGAUCACAUGACCCUGAUGGUACUGAUCACAUGGCCCUGAUGGUACUGAUCACAUGACCCUGAUGGUACUGAUCACAUGGCCCUGAUGGUACUGAUCACAUGGCCCUGAUGGUAUUGAUCACAUGGCCCUGAUGGUACUGAUCACAUGGCCCUGAUGGUACUGAUCACAUGGCCCUGAUGGUACUGAUCACAUGACCCUGAUGGUACUGAUCACAUGACCCUGAUGGUACUGAUCACAUGACCCUGAUGGUACUGAUCACAUGGCCCUGAUGGUACUGAUCACAUGGCCCUGAUGGUACUGAUCACAUGGCCCUGAUGGUACUGAUCACAUGACCCUGAUGGUACUGAUCACAUGGCCCUGAUGGUACUGAUCACAUGGCCCUGAUGGUACUGAUCACAUGACCCUGAUGGUACUGAUCACAUGGCCCUGAUGGUACUGAUCACAUGGCCCUGAUGGUACUGAUCACAUGACCCUGAUGGUACUGAUCACAUGACCCUGAUGGUACUGAUCACAUGACCCUGAUGGUACUGAUCACAUGACCCUGAUGGUACUGAUCACAUGGCCCUGAUGCUACUGAUCACAUGGCCCUGAUGGUACUGAUCACAUGACCCUGAUGCUACUGAUCACAUGGCCCUGAUGGUACUGAUCACAUGGCCCUGAUGGUACUGAUCACAUGGCCCUGAUGGUACUGAUCACAUGACCCUGAUGGUACUGAUCACAUGGCCCUGAUGCUACUGAUCACAUGACCCUGAUGGUACUGAUCACAUGGCCCUGAUGGUACUGAUCACAUGGCCCUGAUGCUACUGAUCACAUGACCCUGAUGGUACUGAUCACAUGACCCUGAUGGUACUGAUCACAUGGCCCUGAUGGUACUGAUCACAUGACCCUGAUGGUACUGAUCACAUGGCCCUGAUGGUACUGAUCACAUGGCCCUGAUGGUACUGAUCACAUGGCCCUGAUGGUACUGAUCACAUGACCCUGAUGGUACUGAUCACAUGGCCCUGAUGGUACUGAUCACAUGGCCCUGAUGGUACUGAUCACAUGGCCCUGAUGGUACUGAUCACAUGACCCUGAUGGUACUGAUCACAUGACCCUGAUGGUACUGAUCACAUGACCCUGAUGCUACUGAUCACAUGGCCCUGAUGGUACUGAUCACAUGGCCCUGAUGGUACUGAUCACAUGACCCUGAUGGUACUGAUCACAUGACCCUGAUGCUACUGAUCACAUGGCCCUGAUGGUACUGAUCACAUGGCCCUGAUGGUACUGAUCCCAUGACCCCUGUCUGUCUCCUGAGUUUUAUACAUCCAGCCAAACAACAGGAAAUGCCUUCUGGUGUCAGGACUUUUAUUUUUGUCGGAUCAAAGCACAUUAUGCUGCAAGAUGAGAGAUAAGCGUCUGAUGCAGAGGAGAUGUGUGAAGCUUCUGCACGGUUCGAUGUCAAAUGUUUGAUUAAGCUGUGUGGGUACGAGCGUCAGAUGCCAAUUAAACACUGAACUGAUAUAAUGUUAAAGAUGUGAUAAUACUUCGCCUGAGUUGUUGCGCUCUCCGUUGGGAUGGUGUCUCAUAAGAAACCAGUCCAGUUCUCUGAAUGUUAAAGGGAUAGUUUGUGUGUAUUUGUACACAGAUUCCCUGCUUUACCUUCCUGCCCUGUGCCGCCACCAAACUCCAUUCACAAAAACACUCGUUCUACAGAACACAGGAGGAGUUUCUGCUGCAUGUUGGUUACUUUGGUUUAUUGUGUGAGCUUCGGUGUUAAGAUGGGUUGGUUUGAAACCACCAAGGUCACAUAAUAUCAAGAACUAACCAGCGACCGACCAGCAGCUCCUCUGUCCUGUGGGGAGGAAAUAGCUUGUUCUUUCAAUGGAGUCUGGUGGCUCUAAGGAGAGCUAGUUAACAGCUUUAGUUCCUGUCAGAAAUAUAGAAUAAGGCUGACAUUACUCUCAAUAUAGUGUUCAUUCAAUCUGAUAUUGCCCACAGACGUACAUGGCUUCUCCUGGCGCUGUAGUAAUACACUGAUACUCUCUAGCCUCUGUCUGGCACCACAGGCCUCUGCUUAAAGGUUCAUUUACAAAGGUAUCGUGAAGGAGACAUGCAUGUAGAGAGAUGGAUUUGUGCAGAAUAAUUAACGUUAUUUCCAGGAAACAAAAAGGUGUUGAGGUUCGGUUGUGUCCGCUAAUGUUAACAAAUAAACAUAUUCAACGUCAAUGUUAGAACGAUAUUUAAUGGAAAUACAGAAUUAUCUUUAGAGUUGAGAAGAGACCCUGUUGACCCCUGGUUGACCCCUGGUUGACCCCCGUCCCAGCAGCAGAGUGUAAUGAGUGGUGCUUCAGCGUUCACGUGUGAAAUCAGCUGGAUUCAAGUCUUUCAACGGUUUCUGCGUCUCCUUUACUUUCACAGAUUAAACAUUUUCCAAGAACACACCA